CGAACAAGCAGACAACCUGCAGAACUUGUGGAAACACGAUCGAUACAAUUAAGAGGAUGUGGUGUACAUACUGUCAUCACCAUCAGCUUGAGCUGGUCAGAAGCUCUAUCGAGCACAGUCUGGAUUCUCACGCGGCCGCGCCGGCGCUCGAGCUUGCCUCUCACACCGGGACGAGGAUCCAAGUGCAAGCCCACAACACCACCACCAACAUCGAUAAAGCUCUUCCAAGUCGUUCAAGGAGCUUCGUCAUGGAUUCCAACUACCAAUAUAUCCCAGAAUCCAACUCUGUCAUCAAAGAGCGCACGCGAGCCACACAUCAGACUUCGCGCGCUUACGCAUACAUCCCCGGUCAACACGAAGAGCUUCGCCGCGAGACGAAGGAAGAGCGUCAGACCCGUGCGAAGUGGGCGGUGGCUAAGGCUAUCGCGGAGAAGAAGCUCAUGGCUGCGACUCAACAGCAGGCAGAUGUCCAGACGCGCGACCGCAAGGGGAGGGCGGUAAAGGCCGAGGACGCAACCGUCCGUCUCGUCCACUCUGACCGUGACUCCCUCAUCUCCAACGGUUCUUCCUCAAGAGCCUUAACCGAGUUCACGGACGCCACCUCUAUCACCGCCGAAACUGAGCGCACGUCCUUCGAACACCACAAGAAGAAGAAGGAAUGCGAGAACUGGUUGGGUUUCCACCUUGUGAAAGAGACCCGACCGGAUUUUGGACGUAUGCUCCAUACCCACCUCGCUCCGGAGUUCAAUGCCUGGAACGCGGGGAUGCUCAUCACCGAGAUGCAGCGAACCUUUGAGCCGUUCCCAUACACGCCUGAGCAGUUGGAGAGUGGUGAGGUGAAGAAGGGUGAGGAAUUGUCCAGGAGGGUUAGGAAUGCGAAGGUUACGGUCGUGCCGCAUGUGAGGGAGGUCGGGAGGAUUGUUUACGAGCGGGAGUUGGUUGGGAUUGAAGUUUGAAGGGCGUUUUGAGAUCACGCGGGGUUGAGAUGGAGGUUUCUUGCGAUGUAUGCUACGGUAGACUAACGGGAUGGAACGAUAUGGAUGGACACGGCGCAUGGAUGUUACGGUCCUGAUACACAUUACGGGUAUGGUAGGGCAUAAUUGAUGCAGUCUUGAC